UUUCCUACCUUUUAUUCAUUCAAGAAAUGUUGAGUGUCUGUUAUGUGCCAGGCCUGUGAGAGCAGUUAGAUAUAUGGAGGAACAAGAUGUGGCCUGUGAUUUCACCAAGCUUGUAGUGUGGUGGAGGAUGCACAGCAAAAGAGGCAAUUCUGAUUUAGUGGGAUGCAGUGCUAUGAAUGGAGUAAUUCAGGGUGCUGUGGGAGCACACAGAGGGGAACCUUACCAAGUUUGGGGGUGAAGUGGAAAGAUUCCCUGGAUGAAGUGCACCUGGGUUGAAAGCUAAAGGGAGGAAAGUACACCUUACCUGAGUCAAGAGAAGUGAAGAGGCAGAAGGAACAAUACAUGCACAAGCAUGAUGGAAAAACACAACAGCUGAGUUUGGCCGAAAUGUACUUUGAGGGAGAGUGGGUAACAGAUGAGACGGAAAAGUUAAGCAGGGACCAGGUCAUAUAGACAUUUUAACAACCUUGAACCUUGCUCUGAAAACAGUGGCCAGCCAGUGAAAGAUUUUAAAUAGGAAGAUGACACAAUUAGAUUUUCAUUUUCAAAAAUUCUGCUUUCCUAUGGAGAAAUGAUAGGAGGAGAAAAAGGCGGAUGGCAAGGAGGUCAGAGAGAAGGCUACUGCAGUAAUGGAAACUAAGGCUGAUAGUGAUCUGAACUGGAACUUGGCAGUGGAGAUGGAGGGUAGUGGACUGAUUCAAAAAUCAACAAGACCUAGUGAUUGAGAAUGGAUGUAGGGAGUUGAAAGAGAAAUCAGAGUCUAGGAUAAGCCCCAGGUUUCAGACUUGGACAACUGAGUGGGUGGUGAUGUCUGUCCUUACAGCCCCAGGGACGGUGUCAUCUUGGUUUGCAGUCUGAGUACUUGGUCUGUUGGGCUUUGUAGGACCAGGUACUCUUUAGUCAUCAUGCUGUUUGUUGACAUCAGUGUGUGCAUCUUUCUUCACAAAGGCACAUGGUGUGAGAGCAGUUACCUUUAAACCUACAGUGUUGGCUUUGUCUCUACCUGUGGAAAAGUGGGUGGGUGGUGACUCCCAAAUCAUGGCCAUCUGGUGAUCUGGGUGAUCUAUAUUCUUUCUUUGCUUGGAGAACUGGGAGGGCCAGGUUUGGUAACAUCUCUUCCUUUAAAGAACAUGGAACGGCAGAGUAAGGUUUUCUGUCACUCUACUAUAAAAUCUUCAGACAACACAAGCUCCUCAACUUCAAAUUACUCAGCUUCAGGGGAGAGAGAGUUCCUCAUCUCAUUCCUUACAAACCCACACUGUGGCAGCCUCGUUAAUGCAGAUGGCCAUGCUGAAGUGUGGACAGAUUGGAAUGAUAUGUCCAAGUUUUUCCAGUAUGGAUGGAGAUGUACCACUAAUGAAGAUGCCUAUUCAAACCGUACCCUCAUGGGCAACUGGAACCAGGAGAGAUAUGACCUAAAGCAUAUCGUGCAGCCCAAACCCUUGCCUUCCCAGUUUGGACACUAUUUUGAAACGACAUAUGAUACAAGCUACAACAAAAAAAUACCACUUUCAACCCAUAGGUUUAAGCGAGAGCCUCACUGGUUCCCAGGACAUCAACCUGAGCUGGUUCCUCCUCCAUACAAAUGCACAGAAAAGUCAACUUACAUGAGUAGCUAUUCAGAGCCUCACAGUGAGCAUCACUCUGUGUGUGUGUGGAAUCCUAAUAACUGCCAAUUUCAGAGUCCAUGAUGCUAAGAAAGAAUAAGGUUCAUUUUUCCAGUGUAGAGUGUAGGAAGGAGCACAUUCUAAGAACAACUAAGAAUUUAGCUGACUGUAGCACAAUCUUACUCUCUGAAUAAAUAAAGCACAAAAAAUAUUCUCUAUUCCUUUUUUUUAAACCAAAAUUUAAAUGUCAAAUUUAAGUUAAUUAUUUCUACUCUUAGGUCUACAUUACGGGUGUUGUAGGAAGGCAUUAAAAAGAAUUAUUUCUCUCAAAUCUACAGCCACUCUGCUUUUCCCUGCCUUCUAUCAGGGGCGGAACUGCAGAAUCCAUCAUGACUUAGGAUACAUUUGGCUAGAUGCUUUCUAGAUGUGAGCCUGGUAGUCAUGGUCAGAUAGUUUACAUUUACUGUGACCUUAAUGAAUAUAUCCCCUCUUAAGGACUAGAAAAAGAAAAAUAACUGUUUAUUAUUAUAGAAGAUUUAAAACAUACAAAAGUAGACAGAAUGGUAUAAAGAACUCCCAUGUACCAUUACCCACCUUCAACAAUGGUUAUAACCAAUCUUAUCUAUCCCUAUCUACUUUCUCUAUUUUUAAAUUUUUCUCAGAAAUUAUAUCAUUUCAUCUAUAAAUAGUUCAGUUUAUAUCUAAAAAAGAUAAGGACUGUCCAUUUUUUACUCCCCCACAAAAGUCACCUAAGAAAACUUGAUCAAACAAAACGGAGUUAUUUAUUAAGCCUUUGGCAAGGAAGAACCUCAACUUGACACAGUCUUGAUAAUGAUUGAAAAGGGUGAUGUUAGGGUAGGGUAUUUUUAGGAAUUUGGGAUGACUCAGCUGCUUUAAGAUGGGUCUUGCAUUGUGGGGAACUGGCAGCGAUUGAGAAAAUGUUGUGAAUAGUUUAGGGUUGGUGAACACUGGGAGACAAUAGUCUUAACAUGGCUAAACAUCAGUAUUUUCCAAUUUUUUUGCUCUCCUGUUUAAGAUAACAAUAUAAUAUUUGAGAGAUAUCUCCCAUAUAUUACCUCCCAAACCUUCAUUAUUUUAUGUUACGGGUAUAAAUAUGGAAUUAUGUUAUAUAUGAUGUUAGGUACUGACAAAGUUUUAUUUUUUUUCUGUAUGGCUAUCCAGUUGUCCCCAUAUUAGUUAUUAAAAAGACCAUACUUUCUUCAGUGCUCUUCAAAGCCAUUUUUUUUUCAUUUUAACAUCUUUAUUGGAGUAUAAUUGCUUUACAAUGGUAUGUUAGUUUCAGCUUCACAACAAAAUGAAUCAGUUAUAUAUAUACAUAUGUUCCCAUAUGUCUUCCCGCUUGCGUCUCCCUCCCUCCCACCCUCCCUAUCCCACCCCUCCAGGCGGUCACAAAGCACCGAGCUGAUCUCCCUGUGCUAUGCGGCUGCUUCCCACUAGCUAUCUACCUUACGUUUGGUAGGGUAUAUAUGUCCAUGCCUCUCUCUCGCUUUGUCACAGCUUACCCUUCCCCCUCCCCAUAUCCUCAAGUCCAUUCUCUAGUAGGUCUGGGUCUUUAUUCCUGUCUUACCCCUAGGCUCUUCAUGACAUUUUUUUCCUUAAAUUCCAUAUAUAUGUGUUAGCAUAUGGUAUUUGUCUCUCUCUUUCUGACUUACUUCACUCUGUAUGACAGACUCUAAGUCUAUCCACCUCAUUACAAAUAGCUCAAUUUCGUUUCUUUUUAUGGCUGAGUAAUAUUCCAUUGUAUAUAUAUGCCACAUCUUCUUUAUCCAUUCAUCCAAUGAUGGACACUUAGCUUGUUUCCAUCUCUGGGCUAUUGUAAAUAGAGCUGCAAUGAACAUUUUGGUACGUGACUCUUUUUGAAUUAUGAUUUUCUCUGGGUAUAUGCCCAGUAGUGGGAUUGCUGGGUCAUAUGGUAGUUCUAUUUUUAGUUUUUUAAGGAACCUCCAUACUGUUCUCCACAGUGGCUAUAUCAAUUUACAUUCCCACCAACAGUGCAAGAGGGUUCCCUUUUCUCCACACCCUCUCCAGAAUUUCUUGUUUGUAGAUUUUUUGAUGAUGGCCAUUCUGACUGGUGUGAGGUGAUACCUCAUUGUAGUUUUGAUUUGCAUUGCUCUAAUGAUUAGUGAUGUCGAGCAUCCUUUCAUGUGUUUGUUGGCAAUCUGUAUAUCUUCAUUGGAGAAAUGUCUAUUUAGGUCUUCUACCCAUUUUUGGAUUGGGUUGUUUUUUUUUUU